AUGAACUUUGCCGCUCAGUUUUUCUAUUCAAGCUACUUGAGUGAGCGAUUGGAGCGUCUGUAUUCUCCGAAGCCGGCACUCAGAGACAGCGAGGAGAAUGACCCCUUCUGGCAGAGAGAGGAGCUGCGUCUGGGCCCCAGUCAGCCGGGCUCCUCUUAUAAGGCCUUCCCGGUCAGUAACGGCUCAGUGGGCCGCAGAUCCACCCUCAUUGAACCGGAGCGACUGAAGGACUUUGGGGAAGAGGAGCUUUUCAACGGGGAUGUGAAAAUGUGGGAGACCAAUGUGGUGGAGACCCCCAAGAUGCAUUGCAUGGAGCCACCCAAGACCAGAAGGGUCAGCGAGUUCAAGGCAACGGCCAAAUCCCCACAGCCCGACUACCUCCGCUUUGAGGACAUCAGCGCUGCGGCCUUCAAAAUCCAGUCAGGGAUACAGAAGACACCCUGCACGUACUCCAGGCUGUCCAAACAGUACGGUAUGGAGAUCUACCUAAAGAAGGAGCAGCUCCAGUACACAGGCUCUGUGAAGGAGAGAGGAGUGAUGUACCUGCUAACCUCACUGACACAGGAGCAGCAGAGGAAGGGGGUGAUCGUGGCCACGGACUGUAACUUCUCCAUGGCUGUGGCCCACCACACAGUGGAGCUGAAGAUCCCAGUGUUUGUCAUCAUGCCUGCCUGCUGCUCCUCACCCCGCCUCAGGAUCUACAGGGACUACGGCGCCAUGGUCAUCUCCUAUGGCAGCACUGCCCGGGACUCCCAGAAGCACGCACGACACCUGGCCGAGGAGAAUGGAUACCUCUUCCUGGAGGAAAAUGACAGUGCGGUGUACCUGGCAGGACUGGGCACGGUGGGAAUGGAGAUUUAUGAGCAGGUGCCCAAGGUAGAUGCAGUGGUGGUACCCGCCGGAGGUCAGUUUGGUCUGCUGGCUGGUACAGCAGCAGCCAUCAAACACCUCAGCCCGCGUAUUCUUGUCAUAGGAGUGGAACCAGAGACCUUUCCACGUCUGCUACAGUCGCUGAAAUCAGACAGCCCGAUCAAAGACCUGUACAGCUCCACCAAUAAGAAGCUCUUUGGAGAUCUUGCAGAACAGUCACUGGGUACUCAGACCUUCCAGCUGGCAAAGAAACUAGUGGAUAAAGUCAUUUCUGUCAGUGAGGAGGACACUUUGGUGGCCAUGCUGCGGUUCCAGGAGUUUGAGCGCUCCACCGUGGACACAGAGGGCGCCAUGGGGUUGGCAGCCAUCUUGGCCGGCCAACUCCCAGAACUGAAGGGGAAAAAAGUGGCAGUAGUGGUGAGCAGUGCGAACAUGGAGCUGGAGGUGGUGAGACAGUGUGUGGAGCGAGCCCUGGUGCUGGAUGACCGGGUCAAUAAGUUCUCGGUGGAGUUGAGCGACUGGCCCGGCGACAUGGCCAAGCUGCUGGACUUCCUGUCCAGAGAGGAUGUCAGAUUGCUGGACGUCUGUCACCGGAGGCACAGUGACAAGUCAGAGCUCUUCAAAACCCAGGUGGAGUGUGUGGUGGAAACCAGGGACAAAGCCCAAAGCAUGCAGCUCCGUAAGACACUGUGUGAGCGCUAUCCGUCUCUAUGCUGGCUGGACCGGCGAUCCGGACAGGCACAAAUGAAUGCAAAAUGCCUGAAAAAAACAUAG